GACGGGCAGUGGGGAGAGAGCUUGUUGAGGCGCAUGGCUCGGGGCAGCGGCAUGAAGACGACCCCGCACCCGCAGGCGCUGGGGAAGGCGCCCCUCGGGACUCGCCUCCGCCACAGUGCCAAGCGGGACCGGAAGUCCAUCACCCUGCAUGUGAAGUUGGAGGUGCUUCGGAGGUUUGAGGAGGGCGAGAAGCUGACGCAGAUCGCCCGGGCCCUGGGACUGGCCACCUCCACUGUUGCCUCGAUCCGCGUGAACAAGGACAAGAUCCGGGCCAGUUCUCAGGCAGCCACGCCCGCCAGCACCACCCAGCUGACCCGCUGCCGGGGCGCGCUAAUGGGCCACAUGGAGCGCCUCCUGAGCCUGUGGAUCCAGGAGCAGAGGCGGCAGAAGCUGCCUGUCAGCACACUGCUGAUCCAGGACAAGGCGCGCCGGCUCUUUGCCCAGCUGCAGCGCGAGCAGGGCAGCGGCUCCCAGGCUGAGACGUUCGGGGCCAGCAAUGGCUGGUUUGCCCGCUUCAAGGUGCGCCACAACGUGCUGCUGACCGAAGAGCCGGCUGUGGCCGACGCCCAGGCCGCCGCACACUACCCCCUGGUGCUGCGCACCAUUCUGGACGAGGGCUGCUACUCACCACGGCAGGUCUUCAACGUGGACGAGACGGGCCUGUUCUGGAAGCGGCUGCCUGAGCGCAUGCUUCUGGCACUGGAGGGGACAGCUGGGCCUGGGCCCAAGGCCUCUAAGGACCACCUGACCCUGCUGCUUGGUGGCAAUGCGGCUGGCGACUUCAAGCUGAAGCCCCUGCUGGUGUACCCCUCAGAGAACCCGCGUGCCCUCAGGGGCUGCUCCAAGGCCAGCCUGCCUGUGGUCUGGCGCUCCAACCGCAACGAUUGGUUGACACCGAGCAUCUUCCAGGAGUGGUUCACUGGCUGCUUCUGCCCAGCUGUGGAAAGCUACUGUGCCAGCCAUGGCCUCCCACAGCGCGCCCUGCUGCUGCUGGACAGCGCACCCUGCCACCCUGUUCACUUGGGUGGCCUCUCAGCCCGUGUGCGUGUUGAGUUCCUGCCCAAGAACACGUCAGCCCUGAUCCAGCCCAUGAACCAGGGUGUCAUUGCUGCCUUCAAGGCCCAUUAUCUGCGCCGCACGCUCAGCCAGCUGGUCCAGGAGACGGCGGGCACAGACCGGCCCUCCGUGCGGGAGUUCUGGCGCAGCUAUACUGUCAUGACUGCGGUAGACAACAUCGCUAAGGCCUGGGCAGAGCUGCAGCCUGCCACCAUGAACAGUGCCUGGAGGAAGCUGUGGCCCGAGUGUGUGCCCGCUGGUGCCCCCGAGCCCAGUGCCGCCCCCCAGCUCCGUCACAGCAUUGUGACGCUAGCCAGCCACGCAGGCCUCGGGGAUGUGGCUGAGGCCGAUGUUGCCCAGCUGCUGCAGGCCCAUGAGGAGCCCUCGCCCUGCAGCAUCCCCCAGGAGGUGGAGGUCGGGGAUGUCAGUGGCUCUGGGCUGCCCUGUGAGGCGGGGAAAGGCCUGGCCUCCAGAAGACCAGAGUCAGAUCUCAUGGAGGCCAUGGUGGGCGUGGAGACCGAGGAAGCAAGUGUGGGUGCACUGCGCCCUGAGCACCUGGCCCAGGCGCUGUCCCACUUUGCUGCUGGCCUGCGAGUCCUCAUAGAGAACGAUCCCAACCGGGAACGCAGCCUGCGGGUGUCCCGGGCUGUCCACUGUGCCCUCACCCACCUCCGAGGGCUGCAGCGGGAAAGGAGGCGACAGGCUCGGGCAGUUGCGGGGCCUCAAGGGGCCCCGUGAUGGUGGCAACGAAGGAGUUGGCAGAAAGCCUGCACUCACCCCAGGUGGGGCCCAUAGAGGGUGGGCAAGUGGCCAAGGGCACAAACCCUGAAGGACAGACCUCUUUGGCUGUCUUGUGUGAUUUAGGGCUUGGGCCUGACCUCAGACGAGCUUUGUCUGAUGAUGCUUUGUUUCUGGAGGGUAGCCGCUGCCACUUCUCACCCAUGGUUCUCAUACCUCAUGCACUGCCAUCUUUGUACAGUGGCACACAGAGCGUCGGGCUUGGGGAACAGGAGGCUGGUGUUCUCUGAUUGGCAGGGGAGCUGUGGGACACAGGAGUGCCCAUCCGUGUCAGAGACACACCCUGGAGAACAGCAGUUGCCAAGCACAGCCCACCAGGGUAGCCUUCCUUGUGGUGAAGGGCCAGGGUUGAGACGAGCCUCUCCUAUUUGCCAACCUUGACCUGUCCGUGCACCGUUGUGACUCUUCCUAGCCAACUCUAGACGGGGGUUUCCUGCUCUCCUUGCUCACCUUCCGUGCCAUCCUCACUCCUUCUGGCUUCCACGGCUUGUGUUGUCUGAGGUUUCUGGUACCUUCCCUGUGCCCGAGCCUAUGGGCGUGUGUGGCUUUCCUUGGUUUGGAGAUGUUUUCUUCCCUGGGUUUCUGUGCCGUGGUUGUCUUGGCUUCCCUCCAGCCUCUGAGGCUGAGCCUUCUGUCACUUUGAUGGUCUCCCAGAUCUAGAGCUCUUUGGAAAAUCUCAGCCAUUCUUGAGGGCUCAGUGGCCACCUCAGGGUCAGCUCCCAGCACAUUGGCUGCAGCCCAGCCUCUCCCCAAGGUUAGAAACAUGGCUCCGAUUCCAAUGGAUUGGCUCCUUGGACGGUCUUGUUAUCUCCCGUCAUUCCAGCUUGUUCUCCUGUCCCCCUAGAUUGUAAUAGCAAGCACACUGGGGUAUCCACUUGACUCUGUAGACAUACCAUAUGGGCCACCAAAACCCAGAGAGUCAUCAAGGGAAAGAGUUCUUGUACUCCACCUAGGUGAGCCACAGGUGGUGAGACAGGGCUGUCUGGCCUCCUGGACUCCUUUCGACACAGGUACCUGCAUGUGUCCGUGAAUGUGUGUGCGCGACACACAUACGCAUGCCAGGAGUAAAGUUGGGAGAAAGGAUUCCUUCUACCUCUGUCACAGCUAACACUUGCAGUGCUGGGCCUGCUGUCAAUACGUAAAAGGGGCCGGAGGCCCGGGAGGGGUUCCAGGGUCCAGCCUUCCUGGGAGAAAGGUCAGAUGAGGUCCCUUGUUUGCUUUCUUGGGGAGAGUGGCAAAAGGGAGGGCAAGGAGAAGUAGAAGAGCUUUUCUUAGGAGGCUGGUGACUGACUGGAUUAAUAAACUGCACAAAUUAUGAGCACUUGUAAUGUGCUAGGUGUUGGGGAGACCAGGGUGGGAGAGCCUGGCUUCAGGAGCUGCCGGUCCAAAGGCUGUUACAUUCUGUGACCACGGCUAUGACGGGCGACUUG